AUCUCAAGUCCUGAAACGAGUUCCAGUGAGCUCAGUAUAAUCCUACACCACCACCAUUCCUGUUGCUAUACAACUGAUUUAUUCUUGAUGCCACGGUCAACGGAUCUAAUCCACAACAGACUGCGCCUUUCCCUCCCGCUGUCCACAUCUGCAUUAGGAUACGUCCAACUUGUCGCGUUUAAAUUUCUUCAAAUGGUCGGUUUCCGGUCUCUUUUCGGUCACUUGAUCUAGAUUCAACAAUUGGCGACUCGGCGUUUAAAAAUGCAGGCUAUCUAACAUACAUGCCUUCAGAAGCACGGGUUAAACAAUGUCAUCCUCGUGCGGAUACAGGCUUGAGCGCGUCCACCCGAGCGCUUUGUAAGGUGGCAGUCCGAAAUAUGCACCAUCAAGCUCGUGUUGCGCGGUAAGGUGGGAAACUACAGACAGAGGUGGAUGCACACCUUCCGGAGCCACUCUCAUCCCCGACAGGUGUGCGGCUGUGCGCAAAGCGGACCGGGCUGCGGCGCAAAGUGCGUGUGCUCGCCGUGCGGACGGGCGUCCCGGUUGCCUGUCCACCUAUCGGGACAAGACGCCGGCGGCGUCUGACAUGUGGACGUGGAACGCAUGCAACAGAGAGCCAUAAACUAUGAAAACAUGAGGAGGAGCCGACACCGCGCAAAUAUGGGACUCCCCCUGCUUUUCAGAUGGCUUGUAUCCACUGUGGUGGUGCCCGCCUGUCUGCUUGCUGCUCCAAGCGGCAUCCGUGAGCGUCCCUGCCCCCAGAGCUGUAGAUGUGAUGGGAAAAUAAUAUACUGCGAAUCCAAUGCUUUCCGUGACGUGCCAAGCAAUGUGUCUGUAAGCACACAGGGCCUGUCCCUGCGUUACAACAGCCUGGUGAACCUCAGAGCCCACCAGUUUGCAGGGCUGAGUCAACUAGUUUGGCUCUACCUUGACCAUAAUUACAUCAAUGCUGUGGACGGCCAGGCUUUCCAUGGGAUACGGAGGCUCAAAGAACUGAUUCUCAGCUCCAAUAAGAUCACACAGCUGAAAAACAACACUUUCCAUGACAUUCCUAAUUUACGCAAUCUUGACCUUUCCUACAACAAACUGCAGGUUCUCCAGCCUAAUCAGUUCGUGGGUCUACGGAAGCUGCUGAGUUUACACUUGAGGUCCAAUUCCUUAAAAACUGUCCCAAUGCGAGUUUUCCUUGACUGUCGCAAUCUGGAGUUCCUUGAUAUUGGCUACAACAGGCUACGGAGCCUCACACGUAACGCCUUUGCAGGGCUCCUUAAACUCACUGAGCUUCAUUUGGAGCACAACCAGUUCUCAAAGAUAAAUUUUGCUCAUUUCCCCCGCCUGACUAACCUGAGGGCACUCUAUUUGCAAUGGAACCGCAUCAAACUGCUAACCCAGGGCCUGCCAUGGAUGUGGACUUCCUUGCAAAAGCUGGAUCUUUCAGGAAAUGAACUUCAAGUGUUGGACCAGAGUACAUUUCAAUGCCUCCCUAAUCUCCAGACACUUAAUCUGGACUCCAACAAACUCAGCAAUGUGUCUCAGCGGACAGUGGAGGCUUGGAUCUCCCUCACUACCAUCAGUCUGGCUGGUAAUUUGUGGUACUGUAACCCCAACAUUUGCCCCCUUGUGGCCUGGCUCAAGGCGUUUAAGGGUAACAAGGAGUCCACUAUGAUUUGUGCUGGCCCUAAGGAAGCACAAGGAGAGAAAGUGACUGAUGUGGUGGAGACUUAUAACAUCUGUACAGCAACAUCGACUCCCAUCCCCUCGACAACAUUGCCCCUCACUUCUGCAUUUCAGACUGAGCUGCUGCCGCUUUCCACGCAGUCUGUGGUGGAUAAGAAGCUGAUCUGGAACAGGACAGCCUCCCCGACGCCUUCCGAGGCCUCCCCCACCAUCCCCUUGCCAGACACUGAGUAUGUGUCCUUCCACAAAAUCAUAGCUGGUAGCGUGGCCCUCCUGUUAUCUGUGGCUAUAAUUCUACUGGUUAUCUAUGUCUCAUGGAAGCACUAUCCCAGCAGUAUCAAACAGCUUCAGCAGCGCUCGGUGGUUAAAAAGCGCCAGAAAAAGGCACGGGAGACUGAACGCUCCCUUAAUUCACCACUGCAAGAGUACUAUGUGGACUACAAGCCUUCGCACUCAGAGACUAUGGAUGUGCUGGUUAAUGGGACAGGACCUUACACAUACACCAUCUCAGGCUCCAGGGAAUGCGAGAUACCACGGCAGCUGAGUGCUCUGACAUUGUACAGGUGUGAGCAGUCGGUUCUGGAUUACUGCCAUGCCCACCUGUCGCUGCACCUCAAUGUAGGCAUGGAGCCCCAAGCUCAGGUGCCGGGAGGUCCGAGGCCACCUGGGUACCACCUUAUGGCUGCCCUCCCCUCCAAGCCUGUGCUGCCUUGCCCCCAGACCCACUUCCUCCACUAGUGAGCUGUGCACACAAAAUACUGUAUGUCGACUGAAAAGAAUCAGUGGACCACUCAAAUGAAACACAAGGCUGCGUGGGAGGGAACUGGGACUGGUGAAGAAGCAAAGGAGACAAUUAAUCUACUGCAGAGCAUCCUGGAACAAGGGUAAUGAAAAUGAAAAUAUUUCUCAGUGGAAAUGAAGGGGUGCAACGGUAUUGAUUAGUGAGCUUCUGACCUACCUGACCCUCAAUGUCCUCAAUUUAAGGAGGCUGAACAGCAGCAUGACUUUCCACGUUCUGCUCUGCCUCUUGCGGAGUAUUAAGGAUAGUAAUUUAAUGAUUUGUUAAUCUUAUUAAACAUAUUUCUUCAAUUUCUCCUAAUCUGGGCACCUCUCGGCUGCGUCAGGUAAUCAAAGGCAAAAUGCUAGAGCAGGGAAACAGCAUGAUAAGCAAGUGAGUAGCAGAACAAAUGAAAGAUCAACAAAGCUAAAAUGUUUUCUGCUGCUUUUUCUGAUCACGCUGUCAGUCAGAGGUCUCUCUGUAAUUCAAGUCCCUGUAGCGUUUUUCAUCUCGAGAAAUGGGACACUCAAAUGAAAUUACCCAAGACAAGAGAAAUGAGUCAGAAAAUAAUGGACAGUAAUUGUCAAAUAAAAUGUACAGCCCACACAUCUUGCCGGCAGUAAGUAUAAUUUAUAUGGUGACUUUUGAUUUCUUUAAUGAUUUGUGAUGUGGAUCACAUUAUAAUUAAUUUAAUCAAGCUGAGAAAUAAAUAGAUGAAAAAUAAACACCAAGUACAGAUCUUGGUGCACUGGGACGUUCAGAUAUUUACUUUUCCUCAAGUGUUUAAAUCACCCUUGUAGUUAAUGGUUUUUGUUUUUAAAAUGUGUUAUUCAACCAAUUAUCUGAUUGUGCACUCAUAUAUCUACAUGUGUGUGCUUUUUACAAGAUGUUACAUCAUAAUAUAUGGUAAAUAAAGUGUGUAAAUGACCAGUAACAGUAUCAUUCAUCAAGAUCAGUGGUAUCAACCCAAACAACUGUCUGCUGUAUCUAGACAGCUGCGUAGGUGGCUGAGGAGACUGCAGAGCACAGCCCUGAAGGCAAGGC